AUGCUGCUGAACCACGACUGCGAAUUAUCUCCAUCAGUCCUCCCGCAUCCUCACCGUAGCAGGUUAAAAAAAUGGGUGUUUACCUUCCGGAAGAUCCUGAUGGCCUCAACGAAGAACCCGCGGGCGCACCGGUACCUAAGGAACCACAGCGCAAUCUUGGCGGAAAAGCGCCAGCAAAUCAGGAGCAACAACAUAUGGAUGAUCCACCCGUUUAGUAUUUUUCGUCAGUGGUGGGAUUUUUUGAUGAUAAUCCAUCUGACAGCUAGUUUGCUGCUGGUUCCUUAUAAAGUCUUUGAUAUUCAUCGCUUGGAACCUACCUGGCCUUUUAUUAAGAACUAUUUAUUGGGUGUUUGCUGCUUGGAUGUUCUUAUUAACUUUUUUACUGGAUCCAAUCUCCAACAUACUAACCCUUUUCUUCUCUCUUCCAGAUUCUACUCCUCCGGCCAAGUGGAACUAAACCUCCAAAAAAUCGCCUCGAACUACUUCCUAUCCAGCAUCUUCGACAUCCUGGGCUCCUUUCCAACGGACCUGUUCUUUCUGACCCGCACCUCUCCAUCAGUCUCAAAAGAACUGGCCAGCUGGCUGCACAUUUUCCGAAUAAUCUCCGCCCGCCGCUACCUAAUAAAAAUAGCAGAAGCUUACAACAUCUCAGCCAUCUACUUCGGACUUUUCAGUUUCGUCCCCUUGCUGAUGAUAACUCUCCACUGGUUAGCCUGCAGCACCUGGCUAAUUCCAGUCACCGUGACAUCACUAUCCUCAAUCCGUCAACCAGUUCCACAAUCCUGGAUUAACCAGAACUUCCUCUGGGAAAAAACCGGGAAUGAAGCUUACUGGGCGACUCUAAUCCGAACCGUGACCAUUUUAACAAGAUCCGGAGUCUUGAUCAAUGAAAUGCAGACCCCGGAGGAUCAAUACGUAGUCGCUGUUCUCCAAAGUAUCAGCAUGCUCGUCCUCUGCUGGAUAGUCUGCCACGGGAUGCGAUUAUACAAAUCCCGAAACUGCUCACAGUUAAAGUACGCAGCAGCUGUUGCUCAAUUAAAAAAAUACAUGAGCUACAAGCACCUGCCAGAGCUAGCUCAACGAAGAUUCCUAGUCUACUACGAGUUCAGGUUCCAGAGGAGGUUUUUCCAAGAGCAGGAGAUCCUCAGCACACUCUCCACUCAGAUGAGGCAGGAGAUCCGGAUGCACGCCUGCAGAAAGCUGGUAGAGAACGUCGCGUUCUUCAAUAACUUACCAGUAGGUUUGCUAGCCAGAAUCGUCAGCCACCUGGUUCCUGAAGUGUUUCUGACCAAUGACGUGAUUGUCAGGGCUAAUAUGCCUGGCGACUGUAUGUACUUCAUCGCAACAGGCACCGUUGCCAUCUACGGAAUAUCAGGGACUGAAAUCUGCCACCUGGAAGACGGAGCUCACUUUGGAGAAAUUGCCAUGGUGAUGCCCAAUGAAAGACGGGUUGCUACAGUGGUUGCUGUUGAAGUUUGUGAGCUUUAUAAGCUAGAACGGACUGACUUCAUGAGGACUAUUUAUCCUUAUCCGGUUCUAUGGGAGAGUAUCAAGAAGAUUGCAGUGGAACGGCAUGAGAAGACGCAGACUAUUGAUGAGAGGUGAUGAUGGUGGUGAUGGUGAUGAUGAUGGUGAUGGUAAUGGUGAUGCUGAUGGUGAUGACGUUCCAAGGAUCUAGGGUGAGUAGAAUUAAAUUAGUAAGCGCCAGAUUUGGUUAGUUUGAAUCCUGAAGGUUCUAGCUUGGAUUUCCAGCAGGUUUGGCAGCAUCUGGAUGUGUCCUUUAGUAUCCAGGAGCCAGGAAGCUGCCAAAAGAACCUUGGUGACCUUAAUUGUCCAGUUUUUGGGCUUCAAGGCCGAGAAUUCAGCCGCUGAAGU